AUGGCAUCCAUUGCACCUGCGAACGGCAUCCAUGUGGUUCAAGAGCCCGUAACUCCCCCCCAGCCCGCCGCCUCUCCAAACCCACCGCACGACCCCUCGCACGAAGAACACCAAUACCUCAACCUCAUCCGCUCGAUACUCACAACAGGCGAACACCGCCCUGACCGCACAGGGACAGGAACACGCUCCCUCUUCGCGCCACCACAACUUCGCUUUUCCCUCUCCAAACCCGGCCCGGCGUCGUCUUCCGCCCCAAUCCCGAUUUUACCCCUCCUCACAACGAAACGCGUCUUCCUCCGCGCUGUAAUACUCGAAUUGCUCUGGUUCGUCUCGGGAAGCACAUCCUCUAUCCCUCUCAGCGAAGCUGGUGUAAAAAUCUGGGAUGGGAACGGGAGCCGGGAAUUCCUUGACUCGGUUGGCCUGUCGCAUCGGGACGUGGGCGACCUGGGUCCCGUGUACGGGUUUCAAUGGCGGCAUUUUGGCGCGGAAUACGUGGAUGCGAAAGCAGACUACACUGGGAAAGGGGUGGAUCAAAUCGUCGAGGUGGUGAGGAAGUUGAAGGAGAAUCCAUACGAUAGGCGGAUUAUCCUCAGCGCAUGGAAUCCGGCGGACUUGAAGAAGAUGGCAUUGCCGCCUUGUCAUAUGUUUGCCCAGUUUUACGUCUCUUUCGCACCGGACGCGAAUGGGGAGACUGGGAAAAGGCAAAAGGGGACGUUGCACUGUCUUCUCUACCAACGAUCGUGCGACAUGGGCCUUGGGGUGCCUUUCAACAUCGCUUCGUAUGCAAUCCUUACGCAUAUGCUAGCCCACGCUGCUGAUUUAUACCCUGGCACAUUGACCCAUACUAUGGGUGAUGCCCAUGUAUAUCUCGAUCAUGUCGAGGCGUUGCAGGAGCAGCUGACGCGAGAACCUACUGCGUUCCCGGAGCUCAAAAUCAAGAGGGAGGACCGCGGGAGUGGGGAGAUGGAUGGAUGGGAAGAGAGUGACUUUGAGGUCAUCGGGUAUAAACCGCAUAAGAUGAUUAAAAUGAAGAUGAGUGUUUGA